AUGCCUAAGAGUAUUGGAGAGCGUCCCAAGGCGUUCGGUGGCGUCUCGUUUAAUUUUCAAUUUCAGCAGUUAAAAUCCGCGAUAAAUGUGAUAAAUGCUGAAUUACGUGCUCGGGCAACAAACCUUCGAGGAUUAUACAUUUCUAGCAACAAAAUCGCCACAGGCGGAAGUGAAAGGAGUAGCCUUCGGCUUUUCCAAACGAACUUGUCAUUGUCCUUCCCAACGUUGUUGUUGUUGUUUUCCUAUAAUCGCUGUCAGUCGUUGUUGUGGUUGCUCGUGGGUAACUACAGUGUUUACUCGGUAGUGUCGACGGCUUACAAGGCAAGCACCAUGGACACUGACCAUGCGAACCUAAAUGACUUCAGGGAUCGCGAUCUGGCCACGCGCAUGCGCCGCUGCAAUUACGAAAAGUACAAAUCCCUGGUGCGCAUGCACUUGUCCUUUGAACUGGAGCUGAAUACGGAUGAGUUCGAUCUCCCCUGUCACGAGAUCGUCUACGAGGACAAGGGCAAGCUGAAGAAGUGGAACCGCUUGUCCAAAAAACAUCGCCUGGGCCACGGAGCAUCAGCUGCCACAUCCUGUGCCGCCGGCUCUGGCAGCAAAUCCGUGGGCAAUAGUCCCACAGAGACACUGCAGCAGCAAAUUGACCCUGGAUUCCUGAUGCACCUUCAAGAGCUCAAGGAGUUCCUCAUGCUGGAGAAGAAUCUCACCCAGGAGGGACUGUUCCGCAAGGCCGGAGCCGUGUCCCGGCAAAACGAACUUCGGAUGCACAUCCAGCACGACAAACCACUAAAUUUAGAACAGGCUGGCUUCUCGGCCCACGACUGCGCCACCGUUUUCAAGGGAUUCCUUUCGGAGCUGCCAGAACCCCUACUCACAGACGCCCACUAUCCAGCCCAUCUCCAGAUAGCCCCGCUCUGCCAGGCGCUCAAUGGUCAAGUGGCAGCCACCGCCGAGCGACAGCGUCACCUGCUCAACUCGGUGCAGCUGCUGCUCCUGCUUUUGCCCGAAGAACAUCGCGAACUCCUGCAGCACAUCAUCGAAAUGCUGCAUGCCGUGGCCCAGCACGAGAAGAGCAACAAGAUGAGCGCCGAGAAUUUGGCCACUUUGUUUACGCCCCAUCUGAUCUGCCCCAGGCAACUGCCGCCGGAGGUGCUGCACUACCAGGCCAAGAAGAUGGCCAGCAUCGUGACCUACAUGAUCGUCCGCGGACUUGACAUCUUCGAGGUGCCCGGCAAGCUGUCUACAGACAUCCGGGCGUACUUUCUCGAGCGCAAACGAAAGAAAACCAUGUCGCCGGAACAAACGCUCGACGAGUCCAUCUCGGACGUCUCGACGGUCAACACGGUGUACACUUUUGUAGACCGCGCCGCCACUGCAGCGGCCACCAAUACGAAUAAUACGGAUACGGAGCUGGCGCAGCUUUAUGCCCACAUCCAGAGCAUGCCGGAGUCCUCCAAAAAGCGACGACUGAUCAAGCAGUUCAACAAACAAAACGGGCAGGGCACACCGUUGCAGCUGGUGGUAAUGAAUCGACUGAAGAACAACGAGGCCACUCGGAGUGCCAAGUCUUUGGGCGAUUCCAUUAAGAAGCACAUUUUCCACAAGAGUCUCAUGUCACGCACUCCGAAGAGAGUGCCUCCUAGCUUCCAUAUGGCUGGAGGACCCGAGACGCCAAAUAUGUCGCAUGUGAAACCGCCCAAGAUGCGGGUGCUUUUCCAGAGUCCCACGCCACCCACUCCCACCUCAUCGACCAUCACCAGCGUCACCCUGGCCACUAACCCCCGGCAUCAGCUUCAGAAAUCCAUCUCAUCAGCGUCCCUCAAGAUCGAGUCCUCGUCCUCGGACAGCAGUUCCAGCUGUCCGGCCAGCGGUAGCAUCUCGGCUCCAGUUAGUCGUCAGCAAUCCAAGGAAUCGCCUUCGUGCGGAGUUGCUGUUGUCCCCGGCCAGGAUCUGGAUGAGAUCAAUGCCGAUUGCUGUGUCACACCAUUGAAGAUUAUGUCAGCGGUUGCCAAGCAGCUAAUUGACAAGAAGAGUGUGGCCUGGGACGAGCACCGACUGCUAGAGGUUGAGGAGUACUCGAAUCCCUCCACGCCCGUCCAGCAAUCGUCGCGUUACAAGUCGGAGCCUAAUCUCUCGAGUAUCCUGCCGCAGGUGGACGCCGAGGAGGAGGACGACGGUGCACUAACGCCCAUUGUAGAGGGCCGCAGCACCAUGCCAGCGAGCAGCCACCACAUGGGCAGAUCGAUAACCCGCAAGUUGAUGAAGGGCGUCAGCAUGGGCAAUCUCAGAUUUCCCUUCAGCACGCCGGAGACGACUAAACGGCUGGUGCGCAGUGUGUCGGCCACGUUGAGAAGACGUCACAGUGGCGAAGAGGGCAAACACUGCCCAUCUGCAGCGGAUGCACCGCUGCUAGAGGAUGUGGAUGACAGCGAUGAAGAGGACGUCCAUCAUGUUGAGGUGGACGAGGAGGACGACGAUACGCUGUCGGAGAAUAAUGGCAGCUCCAAUGAACUGCCCGCCAUGAAUCUGGGCUAUCGACAGAUCCUUCAGAGCAGCGUCUACCGCAACAUGGAUCUCAUCACGAGCACACCUGCUCUCCACAUGGGGCGGCGUUCCAUGUCGCCCAUCACCAAGUCCACUCAACGCAUGCCCAAGGCGAUGCAGGAAUCAAUUAUGACUCCUCGCUCCCGAAAACCCGUGAUGCUGCUGACCGCCUUGGCUGGCAAUGGCGACAAGCAGCUGAACCUGAGCUUUGCCGAGCAAGAGGAGCAGGAUUCGAUUGGAGGCACACCCACGAAGCAGCUGGAACCGCCUUCGCUGCACAGUGAGGAUGCGACUUCUCUUGGAGGAUAUGCUGAUAUCAUUGGGCAGCAGCAGAGUUUUGCCCUCUUUAACUCCAGACAGCGCACCACAAGCAGCAGCACCAGCAACGAAGACUCAAAGCCCUCGAAUGCCUUGUCCAGUGAUUUCAAGGAAUACUUGCUAACACGCAGCGUGCUAACCGCCAGUCCGACGGACUUAUCGUUUGCCAGUCGCUCGGAUGACUUCGGCGGAGCCAGCACAACGCAGGACAUCGACGACUUGGACGAGUCUGAUCUGAGUCCCAGCCUCCUCUACUGCCUGGACGGGAAUGAGCCCACUUUGGCCUCACCCUUCGGCAACAGCAACGGUAGAAAGCGAUCGGCGGGCACGCCCUUAAAAUCUACAUUGAUUACCAACCUUGAUGCGGAUAACAAGGAGAACAUGGAGAACCUCCAGGAGGAGCACUCGCGCACCAAAAAGCUUCUUAUUACUUCUCCCGAGGAGUAUCCGGGCGAAACGGCCCUCUAGCUUUAAGUCAAUUCUGUCGCCCCUAGCUAUUUUCAUAUACUAACGUUAAAACCGUUGUACGGUUUUAAAAAAUCAUCUCUCUUUAAAAUGCUAAAAGAAACAAGAUUGCUUCCGUGAAAAAAUGUUUUCGUAAUGACACAUUCUCUCGUUUUAACUUGGCCGCGCUCUAAAAGUUUAGCUUAAGAUCUUACAUUUUAAAUGCAUGCCUUUACCCAUUAUAAAGAUACAUAUAUAAUUAU